GAAUUCUGAUUACUCUCAACGAGAUUUAGCAGGUGUGCAAUGGGAUUGGGUGACACUCUGUGGGUUCUAUAAAAUGGUUCAUUCAGAGAGCUUUUUCCACAAAGUGAUUCCAUUACUCCAACCGAGAUGAAGUACCUUCUGGUAGGGAUUGCCUGGGUGGCCAAUUGCACCUUCUCGUUUGCCCUAGUGCAACCUCAUAAACUGGCUAAAGGAGAAAACGGCUGCAUAAGUAAAUCAGGUGUGAAUAUGGCUGUGGGCGACAUUGAGCAGGAUGUCCACACUUGCGGAAUUGUGACUUGUGAAAAUAAAGAAGGAAACGGUUAUAACUACUACUGUCAAAUACCUGUACAGUUUGCGGAGUGUGCUGAAUCUGCUGUCUUGACGCACGUAGAUUUUCCGGAUUGCUGCUGGAUUUGUGCCGCUUGGACGACCUGCGAUGAUGGGACAAGUGGUGGGGUUCCUCCAUUGCCCGAACUACCAGGAGGAAGUGAUGAAGUUGCCUCAGAAGGAGGGGCAGAAGGGGGAGCAAAAGAGGGAGCAGAAGGUGGAGCAGAAGGGGGAGCAGAAGGAGGAGCAGAAGGGGGAGCAGAAGGGGGAGAAGAACCCAAAGUCAAAGGCCAAGCUCCUGGAGAAUUGGCAAGCCUAGAAGAACCCUCAGCUCUGUUCCGUUCUGAGACUACUGAUCCAGUAAAUAUUGAAGCCGAGCGCCCCAAAGAACGAUCGAAAGGAAAAAAGAACUCCAAGAAAGGCACUACCAAGCCAGAUGGAUCAACUUUACCCGAUGGAAAUGGAAACAUAAAGUUUGGCGGUGGCUCACCAAUUUCCAAGUUCGGUGAAGACAGCGUGUAA